CGGGGAGCGGCGGCGGCGGCGGCGGCGGAGGCGGGCACACCCGCGCCAGACCUCGGAGGACUUUGCCAAAGCCCCGCCGCCUGCCACAUGUGCGUGAAUGAUGGCGGAUGCCAAGUAUGUCCUCUGCCGAUGGGAAAAGCGAUUAUGGCCUGCGAAGGUUUUGGCCCGAACCAAGACUUCAACAAAACAUAAGAGAAAAAAGGAAUAUUUUCUAGAUGUCCAAAUCCUCUCCCUAGAGGAAAAAAUUCAGGUGAAAAGCACCGAAGUUGAGAUCCUAGAGAAGUCUCACAUCGAAGCCAUUGCCUCCUCCUUAGCCGCACAGAGUGAGGUUCCCGCGGCUCCCCUGGAAGAGCUGGCCUACAGACGGUCACUUCGCGUGGCUCUGGAUGUGCUGAGCGAGGGGCUUGUGUGGAGUCGAGGAAGCUCCCCGGACACGGGUAGGGCUGAGCGGUCUCCGAGGAGGAAGCCCCCGGAACCCGUCCCCUCGCCCUGCGGUUCCAGCUCCUCGUCUCCUCCUGGCGGAGGCGUGGUGGGCAGUUCCGGACCUCACAGAAGGAGGGAGUGCGUGCGGCAGAGCCCGUCAAGGCCGUUCACUUGUGAAAAGGACCCCAAGUGCAAAGUGGACCACAAGAAGGGACUCAGGAAAAGUGACAACCCUGGAGGCCUUUCGGUCCUCUCAGCUGGAGAUGGUUCCCAGGAUGGGAGCCAGUCGAGAAUCCACCGCCAAAGUGGGACUCUCACAAGUAAGAGGGGAAGAAAGUCAGCACCGAAGUCCAGCCUGUGCCCCGGGGGGUCUUCCCUUUCAGAGAGUGGUGCGGAGGAAGACAGUGGGAGCGAGGCAGGCCGCUGGGCAGCUCCGUCCUCGCCCUGCGGGGUCAGGAAAGGCAAUCCCUGUGCCAACGCCGGUCUGCCGUCGGGCAGCCUCACUGUGCCCCUAGCCCCUGAGCCCUCAGCCUGCUCGGAGCGCGGCGAGUGCUCUGCGAAGAAGAGGCCGCGCUUGGAUGGCAGCCAGAGGCAGCCUGCCGUGCAGCUGGAGCCCAGGGCCGCCGGGGCUGCACCGUCCCCUGGGCCAGACGUGGGGCCCAGGGAGUCCCUGACCCUGAGAAGCACUGCCAGUCUCCGCCUGCCUCCCUCCCGCGCCCCUGUGGAUGAAACCAGACGUCCUCGGCCGGAUUCCCAGAAGCUGGAGGAAGAUUGCCGGUCUUCCGAAGUGUCUCUGAGGUCGAAUUCGAUGCGUUCUAUACUGGAGGAAGACGAAGAAGAUGAGGAGCCACCAAGAAUCCUUUUAUACCACGAACCACGGUCGUUUGAAGUAGGAAUGCUAGUGUGGCUUAAAUACCAGAAAUACCCCUUCUGGCCAGCAGUGGUCAAGAGCGUCCGGCGGAGAGAUAAGAAAGCGAGCGUGCUGUUCAUCGAAGGGGACAUGAACCCGAAGGGGAAAGGUAUCACAGUGUCCCUUAGAAGAUUAAAGCACUUUGAUUGUAAGGACAAACAGACACUUCUGAACCAAGCCAGGGAGGACUUCGACCAGGCCAUCGGCUGGUGCGUCUCCCUCAUCACGGACUACAGGGUCCGGUUAGGCUGCAGGUCUUUUGCCGGCUCUUUCCUGGAAUAUUACGCAGCUGAUAUAAGCUAUCCUGUCCGAAAAUCCAUCCGGCAGGACGUCCUGGGGACCACGUUUCCUCAGCUGAGCAAGGGGAGCCCUGAGGAGCUGGCGCUGGGAAGCCCCCUGGGGCAGAGGCAGCCGUACCGGAAAGUGCUCCCCGACCGCUCUCGGGCCGCCCGGGACCGGGCCAACCAGAAGCUGGUGGAGUACAUCGUGAAGGCCAAGGGCGCAGAGAGCCACCUGCGGGCCAUCCUGAAGAGCAGGAAGCCGUCGCGCUGGCUGCAGACCUUCCUGAGCUCCAGCCAGUACGUGACCUGCGUGGAGACCUACCUGGAGGACGAGGGACAGCUGGACCUGGUGGUGAAGUACCUGCAGGGCGUCUGCCAGGAGUUGGGCGCCAAGAUGCUCCGGCGCACCAACGGGGACCGGAUCCGCUUCAUUCUGGACGUGCUUCUGCCCGAGGCCAUCAUCUGCGCGAUCUCUGCGGUGGACGAGGUGGACUACAAGGCGGCCGAGGAGAAGUACAUCAAGGGGCCCGUGCUGAGCUACCGGGAAAAACAAAUGUUUGACAAUCAGCUCCUUGAAGAGCGGCGGCGGCGGCGAUGAGGGAGCAGCUGGCUGUGCGUCCGCGGGGGCCUGGCGGAGGGAGCGCCUCCGACAGCGGGGCCUCGGGGAGCACGCUCGCUCGUGGAGCCGUCCGUGUUCUGCGUGGCCGUCCUGAUUUCCACACUUCUGGAGAAGCCGUUUCGUCCACAUUGAAAGCCAGUUUUCUUUGGCAAUUUUUUCAUUGUAUUCUUGGCCCUUUUUUCGAGUUCCAGAGUUCCAGAAAGGUUUGGAAAGGACAGAAGCCUGUGGACAGUGCGUCAGAGCUUGCGGCCGGGCGGCGGUCUCGCCUGACGUGCGUGUCUGUCACGUGGGUUGCGUCUCAUGUUAAAUGGAAGGUUUUCAGCUGUGUGUGCUGUGAGCACGCCGCUUCGCAAGUGGGAACGGUCUUUCCAGUGUGCUUUCCACCCGCGCCGGUUCUGAGUGUGCUCUGCCGCUCAGCGCGCUGCGGCUCUCAGGAAUGAGCCUUCGUGAGAGGUGGGAGUGCGCGUGGCCUCAGGAGGGGAGCAGGACGCAUGCCUUUCCAGGGGCCUCCGCGCCGUGGUGAGUGGACUGCAGCGUGCGGCCGUGUGUCCUGGCUGCCGUCGGCCAGGCCGCCCCCCUCCCCUGCCUGCCUGGCCUCUUCUCGUGAGUGAAUUUCCCCGCACUGUGUCGUCACCUCGUGGCCAGUCACCGAGGUUUUGGUCAUCGGCCUGGAUGGCUGUGCUGGGAUCCCAGGGUGGCCGGCAUCAGGGUCACUGUGGGAGCCCUGCGUGGUCCUGUGGCCGGCCAUCACAGAAGCACAGCCUUUGUAGGGAAGCCCAACUGGGCUCCCGUCUGGAGAAACGGCUUCCAGGAUGUGGCUCCCGGGUGGGUUCUGGUCCACAGCACGGAGCCGGGGCUGCGGGUUGUUGCUGUGACUCCACGGGGCUCAGCCAGGCUCCAGCAGGGUCGGAGAUUCUGGUAAGGUCAAAGCCACAGGUGCUGAAU